AUGACGUUGUUCUCGCAGCUGAGUCAAGCGCGACAUGAGAUGAAUCGGAAGUCGGAGAAGGUCCUCGGAAUGAAGAUGAUGACGAAGACGAUGAUGUGCAUGCAAGUUUGGCUCAACUUCCCUAAUGAACCGGGUUUGGUGACCCGCAUCAACCAAGUAAAGAAGGGCACCACGAAACGCUCAACCGUCGGGAAAAAAAUGCGAAACACCACCAAAAAGAUUGCCACGGUUCAGCAUGUGGUCAAGAAGCAAAAGACGAUCCACGAAUCACCAACGAAUGUCAAAAUGGAUGAGGAAUUCAACAUGUCAGAGACCGAGAAAAGUGGCUCGGAGAUGAACAACGGGGGAUGUCUUUUUGACUCGGACAAGUGCAUCCAAUGGGGCUGGUUGCCGCAUAAGCUCGAGCAAAAGCUGGUUGAAGAGCCUACACAAAGGUACCAGCCACAGAUUUGUCAGAGACUACUUUAA